AUUUAUAUUAUUUUUACAUUUAUAUGAUUAACUUAAUAAAAUUUUAAUGUUUUGAUUAAAAAUCCUCGAUUUAUUCUAUUUAAAAAUAAAAUAAAAACAUUGAAUUAUUUGCAGGUUAGUUAGUAUCAAAUGUCAAAAUAUGGCAUACAGGGCAAGGUUAAAGGAAUUCGAUGACAUUUUGAAUCAAGAUGUUAUAGAUUUGAAUUCCCUCAGAAAACUAUCCUUUCAAGGGAUUCCUGAUGACCAAGGAAAAAGGGCAAAAUGUUGGAGGCUCUUACUAAAUUAUUUACCCUUAGAAAAAGAAAAAUGGGACACACAGUUGGAGAAAAAAAGAGCCUUAUACAAGCAAUUUAUAGAGGAAAUGGUAGUGAUGCCAGGUGAAAAAGAGAGCAAUGGAGAUGUAACUAUGGGCGAUCAUCCCCUUAGUAUCAACCCUGAAAGUGAAUGGUCAACAUUUUUUAAAGAUAAUGAAGUUUUACUUCAAAUCGAUAAGGAUGUUAGAAGAUUGUGUCCUGACAUAUCAUUUUUUCAACAACCAACUGAAUUUCCUUGCUUAGAAAUUGUCAAUAGUAAUGAUAUUAAGAGACUUCAUACCAGGGUACAGAGAAGAGUAUUAAAUUGUGCAAAUGUUGAACGGAAAGGCUUAGGAAUUACCAAGAUUGCCUUAAGUGUAAAGAAAGCAUGCGAAGACUACGCACCAAUGGCUGAAGGUAAAGAAGCCCAUUGGGAGGUGGUGGAACGGAUAUUGUUUUUAUAUGCUAAAUUAAAUCCAGGUCAAGGAUAUGUACAGGGUAUGAACGAAAUUAUUGGGCCCAUUUACCAUGCAUUUGCGUCUGAUCCAGAUAUUUUAUUUAGAGAACAUGCAGAAAGUGACAGUUUUUUCUGUUUUACAAAUUUAAUGUCUGAGAUCAGGGAUUUUUUUAUAAAAAGUCUUGAUGAAACUGACCAUGGCAUAAAUAAAAUGAUGAAUAGAAUGUUAGUACAAUUAAAAAACAGUGAUAUGGAUGUUUGGCUCAGAUUUCAACAGCUGGAAUUGAAGCCACAAUAUUACAGCUUUAGGUGGAUAACAUUGCUCUUAUCCCAAGAAUUUCCAUUACCAGAUGUUCUUAGAAUAUGGGAUUCUCUAUUUUCAGAUGAAAGUAGAUUUGAUUUUUUAAUUUAUGUUUGCUGUGGUAUGAUUGUUAUUUUACGCAAUCAACUAUUGUCUGGUGAUUUUCCCUCCAACUUAAAAUUACUACAGAAUUUUCCACCCAUGGACGUUCAAGAUAUCAUUUCAAAGGCUGUUGAAUUAUCCAAACAAAAAAUAUUUUAAAUUAAUUUAUGCUUCCAUGCCAUUUAUUUUACUAUUAUUAUUCGGUUAAAUUGAUAUCAACUAAAUACUCAAUUUAUAAUUAUGCUUUAAAUGAUUUUUUUAAUUGCUUUAGCUUUAUUUUUCAUCCAGUUGUAUGUAUAUUUUGUUAUAAACACUAAACGAUGUUGUAAACAUUGAUAGUUAAGGUACAAUUUUUUAGACUGGUGCUUAAAUAUGUAAACUCUAAAUCAUGAGACUGAAUCAUUUGUAUGUUUGUAAACUAAUAACAAUUUUUGGGACUUUACUUAUUUAUAAAUAGUCCUAUUAAACAGUUUGUUGCAGUUAUUCCAAUUAGAUUUUGUGUAUAUUCAGUUUUAUUCCGUCAAUUUUAAGAACAAUUUAUUUUUAAGAUCUCUACAAGUAUGCACAAGAUUACCCUAUAUAAUUUUAAAACUAUUUUCUUGUAUUUUUC